ACGUUCGCGUAAGCGCGCGCGUGACGUCAUGAGCGUAUUAUCCACUGACGCGUAUGGACAAUGCAGACAUGGCGCAUUGAUUUGGGAGGCGCGCCACACGACUUGACGUAACAGCCGUCUGACGCGGUGGUUUGUUGACAUCUGGAAGGUCACGCAUGUCACGCACGUCACACCCACGCCACCCGGAAGGUGACGUCAUCAAGAAGCCGGCAGGACGACUCUCGCACACCGCUGUCAAGGCACCAAAUGUCGGCCCGCCCCGAAUUCUGUUGUCAAUACGCAUUUCCAUUUUGAUGUGUCCUUUAGCUGGGACAAUUGAGGAGAGAAAAAUAACGCAAUCAUCAAUGCAAUCCUAAAGCGCUUUAGCCUAUCGUCCCAAGUGAAAACGUCCUUUUAGCGCAGACGGAGCUCGCUCGGAGGCGACCGGCGGAGCUGGCGGCGACGGGGGACGACCAGGGGGAGCGGGAGCACGAGCACGAGCAGGAGCAGGAGCAGGAGGAGCUGGAAGCGCCGGCGCCGGCGGCACGCAGGUGCUCGGCAUGCGGCUGGAGACGAGCGACAAGCCGGCCAGCACCACUGACGACGGCGUGCUGCAGGUGACCGAGGACAGCUCCGUGCAGCUCCGCUUCUACGGCCUGAGCCUGCACCCCGGAGCCUGGACGCUCAUCCGCUUUGCGGAGCUCGGAUCCUCGGACGAGGAUGCGGCCAACGGCGGCGGCGGCGGCACCUGCUCGGACUUCACGAAGGACAUUGCGGUCGGGACCUUCAUGAAUGUGAGCGGCCGGGGCACGUCGGGUCUGCUGCGCGUGCACGUCAAGCCGCUGCGCAAGAGCGAGUCGAGCAGCGAGUACGCGCUGUGCACGCGAAUGGACGACCGGGACGGCGGCGGCGGCGGCCAGCGCUGGCAGCCGCUGGAUGACCGCGACGGGCGCCUGCUGGUCGUGGAGGAGAAAAAGCCGCUGCUGCCGCUGUGGCUGCAGGCGAUCCUGACCACGUGCCUGCUGGUGCUGUCGGGCAUGUUCAGCGGUCUGAACCUGGGCCUGAUGGCGCUGGACCCCAUGGAGCUGCGCAUCGUGCAGAGCUGCGGCACGGACAAGGAGAAGAAGUACGCGCGCAAGAUCGAGCCCAUCCGGCGCAAGGGCAACUACCUGCUGUGCUCGCUGCUGCUGGGCAACGUGCUGGUCAACACCACGCUCACCAUCCUGCUGGACGACCUGAUCGGCUCGGGCCUGGGCGCCGUGGCCGCCUCCACCGUGGGCAUCGUCAUCUUCGGCGAGAUCGUGCCGCAGGCGCUGUGCUCGCGCCACGGCCUGGCGGUGGGCGCCAACACCAUCGCGCUGACCAAGUUCUUCAUGCUGCUCACCUUCCCGCUCAGCUUCCCCGUCAGCAAGCUGCUGGACGUGCUGCUGGGCCAGGAGAUCGGCACCGUCUACAACCGCGAGAAGCUGGUGGGGAUGCUCAAGGUGACCGAGCCCUACAACGACCUGGACAAGGAGGAGCUCAACAUGAUCCAGGGGGCGCUGGAGCUGCGCACCAAGACGGUGGAGGACGUCAUGACGCCGCUGGCCGACUGCUUCAUGAUCCAGGCGGAGGCGGUGCUGGACUUUGACACCAUGUCGGAGAUCAUGGGCAGCGGCUACACGCGCAUCCCCGUCUACGACGACGAGCGCUGCAACAUCGUGGACAUCCUCUACGUCAAGGACCUGGCCUUCGUCGACCCCGACGACUGCACCACGCUCAAGACCGUCACCAAGUUCUACAACCACCCCGUGCACUUUGUCUUCCACGACACCAAACUGGACACCAUGCUGGAGGAGUUUAAGAAAGGCAAGUCCCACCUGGCCAUCGUGCAGAAGGUGAACAACGAGGGCGAGGGCGACCCCUUCUACGAGGUGCAGGGAUUGGUCACCCUGGAGGACGUCAUCGAGGAGAUCAUCAAGUCGGAAAUCCUGGACGAGUCGGACCUCUACACCGACAACCGCAACAAGAAGCGAGUGGACGCCAACAAGAACAAACGAGACUUCUCGGCCUUCAAGCACGAGGGCGACGCCAAGGCCAAGAUCUCGCCGCAGCUCUUGCUGGCCGCGCAUCGCUUCCUGGCCACGGAGGUGAGCCUGUUCGGUGGCUUCCACGUGAGCGAGAAGGUCCUGCUGAGGAUCUUGAGGCAUCCCGACGUGGUGCAGGAGCUGAAGUUUGACGACAACGACAAGCGCGCACCGCAGCACUUCCUGUACCAGCGCGGCAAGCCCGUCGACUACUUUGUGCUCCUUCUGCAGGGUCGAGUGGAGGUGGAGGCGGGAAACGAGAACAUGAAGUUUGAGACGGGCCCCUUCUCCUACUACGGUGUCAUGGCACUCAGCACGCCAUCGCUAGCAGUGACCCCCCCCCUGUCCCCGUCGGUGGCGUCUCCGCCUCCGAGGCGCCUCUCACUUAAGAGGUUCUCUGUGUUCUCUCGAAUCCCAGAGUUCCGUUCGCCCACGCACGGGGGCAACCUGAACCGCUCGGCGUCAGUCAGCGGCGGAGGUCCGGAGAGCAGCUCCAUGGGGGGCAGCGCCGGUCAAAUCCCGGGAACGCCCUUCCAGUACGUGCCGGACUUCUGCGUACGAGCAAUCAGCGACCUGCAGUUUGUCAAGAUCACCCGAGCGCAGUACCAGAACGCCGUGCUGACGUCGCGACUGGACAGUACGCCGCAGUCCCCCGAGGGAAGUCAACAGCGCCUGGAUGCAGCGGCCACGCCGCCGGAUGGGCGCCCCCCGCUGUCCCUCGCUACGCCUCCCCUCAAGCAUCCGCCGUGCAACGCCGCCGCUAGCUCGGCGCCACGCCCCAGCCAGGCGACGCUUCCGAGCAAGCACGCCGGCCCGCGCCGAGCGACGCCACCCGGGGAAGCGGAGGGCAUCCCGGGCGAGACCACCACGCUGCUGGGCGAGCAACACAACUGCGUGGACCCCCCCCGGCGACCCGGCCAGCCCCUGGCGCACGCGCAUACCGAGAGCACCAUCUGACACACCUCCCUCACUUCCUGUUCUUCCGUGACCAGAAAGGACGCGAAGGAUCCGCAUGGCACCUUUGGAUAAGUGAAACCUUCUGUCGUCCAUCCCCUUUGGCAGCCACUCGGCAGCUGUGCAACGGUGACGCACGCCAUUGUCAAUGUGCAAAUUUGCUGCUUCCGGCCCACUCAUCUGAGACAAAACGGACACUUGACUUUGGGGCAUUAUCCCGCUUGCCAAGGCGCUGCGUGAAACUUUUCCGUAAAUUCUCGAGCCUCUUCCUGUUGUUCCAUUGGCUUCAUAUUUAGACAACACUUUGGAUUUCUUGUAUUUGGUGUGUCGUUGAUGGACAGGCUGGUGUCUUGUUAGCUCCUCGAUCACUGUGAGCCCCAAAAAAAAAAAAGGAUAUCAGCGCAAUCCAACAAAAUCGGCGUCACAAACUCCCAUCAUGAUUUUUGGACUUUUUAUUUGGGAUUUUGUAAGGUGACUGAUUAGCAUUUGGUUUUGCCAGCCAUUAAUGAGAAGCAGCAGCAGCAGCAGCUAGCUUUGUUAGCGUUGACAAUGACAAAUCAAAAAUGCCAUUAUGGGCACUUGUGCCGCGAAAAGGGAAUUUUUCCGCAGGCUGGAGUAGUGGUUAGCGCAUCCAGC